GUGUUCUUGAUUUGAAACAUGAUGAUAGCCAACGGUCAUGUCUCAGACCAUGAGCCCGAAACGGAUUCAGCCAGCAUUUAUAAUGCGAAAUCCGUGUCGGAGAUUCGAGCCUCCUUGGCCCAGCUUCACAAACAAGAGGCCAGCGUGACAUCUCAAUUGGACAGUUUACUCAAUGCUCAGAAAGACCUCCAAAGGGAACUCGGACGACUCGACCUAUUUCGAGCUAAUGCUACCACUCAAGCCUCCAAGGCGAGGAACAUCAGCAAUGGCAUGCUCUCCGACGCCGCCGCCAAUGCUCAACGCAUCUCAAACUCGGUGCAGAAACUCGACCUGGAACAAAACCACGUCAAGGCUACUCUGACCGUGGUGGAACAGGUCGGUGAACUGAAAGCAUGUGUUCUUGGUGUCGCCGGCUCGAUGGGUGCCGCACAGGACUGGGAAACCGCUGCAAGUUAUCUGAGCAGAGCUUCAAAGAUUCCUCCUCAAGUCAUCAACGGCGCCUUUGCCGCAAGAGUCGUCCCAACCGCCGAGGUACCAGACGCUCCAGCAGUCACUCUUGAGACAGCCUCGGAAUCUCUAUGUGGAUUAUUCUUGAGAGAAUUUGAAAAGGCCGUCAAGGAGAAUGACGGUGCCAGAAUCACUCGAUUCUUCAAACUAUUCCCACUCAUUAACCGUUCAGAUGUCGGUCUAGACGUGUACGGACGAUACGUGUGUCAAGGGGUCGCAAGUCGAGCCAGGUCCAAUUUAAACGCCGGCACUGGAGGAAAUCAAAGCAAAGAAGGCUUCUUCUAUGCCAACGCCCUUACCAAACUGUUUGAACACAUAGCCCAAAUCAUUGAUGGACACGGUGGCUUAGUGGAACAUCAUUAUGGCCCAGGCAAGAUGGCUCGAGUUAUAGAACGUCUCCAGACCGAGGCAGACAUGCAAGGCGGCAUUAUCCUCGACACCUGGUCUGAUGAAAGAAGAAUAGACCGCCAACUUACCGACGUUAAGUCCUACGCGUUUACAUUCUUGGUCCAAAGUUUCAUGUCCUCUCAACGACCCACGUCAGGUACACCACGGGCAGGUUCACCAGCGCCUGGGAGGUCAAGCGAGGACGAAUCAGUCGAUAUGAAACAAGUCGAUGCCCUACUCAACGAAAUGACCAUGAUGCUCGGAAAAUGGUCCUUAUACACACGAUUCGUCACCAACAAGUGUCGACUACCGUCAGAUGAAAACACCUCGACACCAGCCUUUUUGACCAACUCCAGCCUGAUGAAGAAGAUUCAAGACCGGGUGCUAGCACCAUUCAACGUCAUGACGACCUUCUUCUUCCGCCGAUCCGUCGAGAAAGCGUUCCAGCUCGAUGAGCAACCGCCAAACCUUUCCUUGAGUCCCCAUAAGCCACUCAAUUCCAACCCACCUCACGUGAGCUCCGCCAUCGAAGACAUCAUGUACAUUGUCAACAAAGUCCUCCAGCAAUCACUGGCGACCUCGCAACCCGGCGUCAUUUCGUCAGUUCUACCAGCCCUGUCACGAAUCCUAACCUCAGACUUCAUCGGCAUGGAACAACGCAAGAUGCGAGACGAAUCAUACCCCAAAGCUGCGAUUCAGGGACAACUCCCACCAGAAGCCACAAUUGUGUCUUUCUUGGUCCUGGUCAACAAUCUCGACAUUGCCAAAGACUACGUCUCUCAAAUCGUCCAAGCUCGAGUCAAUCCUAUAGCCGGCUCGAACCAGCAGCCGCUCUCCGAUCUAUUCCCCGACCCAACCGCUACGGCUGCCGUGACAACGGCUCUACAAUCACUUUCCACAACGUUUACAGAAAAGGCCAACGAAUUGAUCUCGGACGGCGUCAACGUGUUGUUCCACAAUGUGAUGAAACCGCGGCUACGGCCGAUCCUGAUGGACGCGUUCCGCGACACCGACUACACGCUGACCAAGGAUCAAUUGUCUGACCUAGCGCAUGAAAUGACCGGUGAAAUGGAUGUCGAUAUUGACGAGCACGACCCUUUUGCCGAUGCAGUUCGUAUGCGCUUCCAACUUGGCUGGGACGCUCUGACUCGGCCGAUUUCGCGUAUCAUGACAGAACGGACCUUUGACACCCUGCUCACUAUUGUGGUCACCUAUCUGAGUAAGAUGCUGGAGAAGAGGUUAUGGACUUAUCAGGGCCGUGUCAACGACGUGGGUGCAGCCCGUUUGGAACAUGAUGUCAAUGAAAUUGUCAAGGUCGUCGUCAAAGCCCAGAAGUAUAGCUUCCGUGAGAGUUUCCUCCGCUCCACCCAGAUCUGUAUGAUUCUCAAUAUGGAUGAGGAUGAGUGGGAGGCUACAUUGGAAUCUGGUGGAGAGGUGGCUGACAAGUUGAAGCCCGAAGAGAGAAUCCGCGCUCGGAAUAUGCUCAAGGACAAUGCCAUAUAG